AUGGGUUACCGUCUUUGUUCCUCCUCUCGGCCUCUCCUCAUCUUCCUCCUCCUACACCCCUGGUGCACGUUAGCGUCCGGCAGCUGCCAGGACAAGUGCGGUCCCCUCGCAGUGAAAUACCCUCUGGGAACCGGCUUUGGCUGUGGCUCCCCACGCUUCAACCCUUACGUCACCUGCUCCUCUUCAUCAUCGUCAUCGGCGUCAGCGUCACCGGACGGUGACCAAAACGACCAUGACCACGACGAGCUCCUCCUCACCACUCACACAGGCUCAUACCCAAUCACCUCCGUCUCUUACGCCACCUCAACCCUCACCAUCACCCCUCAAAACAUGUCCACCUGCUCAUCCAUGCAACCCACACCGAACCUGGGCCUCGACUGGCCCAGCCCAUUCCAGCUCGGCCCAUCCGUCUUCAUCCUCCUCUCCUGCCCACCCCCUACCUCCUCCACCCUCACCGUCAAGGGCUUUCCCAUCUGCGACUCCACCAACGCAUACCUCUGCGCCUCCAUCCACACCUGUCCCGCCAUAGCCUCACUGGGUCUCUCCCUCUUCGCACCCACCAACACCUGUUGCGUCUAUUCUCCGGCCAAUCUCGACCCCAAGGGGGAUCUGGACCUCAAGGCCCUGGGCUGCGCUAGCUACGCCUCUGUCCUGUCUCUUGGUGAUUACCCAACGGACCCGAACAAGUGGGACUACGGUGUAGCUCUCAAGUAUAACGAUGACGUGGGCUCCCUUGACAGUUAUGUCGCCACCAAUUGCGAGGCGUGUGAGAGGAGCGGUGGAGUUUGCGGGUAUGAGCCACCCAGGAAUUACUUCUUGUGUGUUUGCAACAAUGGUGUUAAUACCACUACGGAUUGCUACAAUCAGAUGGGCCUUUCGAACUCUGCUUCCUUCAUUACCAGAACAAGAAAAGUUAUUUUGGGGUGGUUCGUUGCUUUAAGUUUCUUCGUUAUGGAGGAUCUUUUUGAUAAAGCUUUGUUCCUAUCGACAUGGAAAGAAGUGGGGAGAAAAGGGUUCCAUGCCAUGCCCUGA